GUGGUGGCGGUGGCGGCGGCGGCGGCGGCGAAGUGUGCGUGCCAGUGGGAAAGGUAAGAUGGCGGCGGAUGGAGAUGCGGUGAUUCCGGACCAGGAAAAAGUGCGAAUAGUCUCGGAUUUUAUAUUGCACUCGCCGCCGGGCGAGUUCAACGAGGUGUUCAACGACGUGAGGGUCCUGCUGAACAAUGACAACCUGUUGAAGGAAGGCGCGUCUGGAGCCUUCGCUCAGUAUAACAAGGACCAGCUCACGCCUGUUAAGAUAGAAGGAAGUGACCAUCCAGCGCUCAUAACAGAACACAAUGACUUGGGUUCUCAGAGGUUUUAUGAUGCGCGGAGUAAGCAAAGUUUUAAAUAUGAUCACCUGAGAAAGGAAGCACAAGAUUAUGAAUCUUACGAACCAGAUCCCUUAGCGGAACCUUGGAGGUCAGCCCUUCAAGAAGAGAUAACGAAUUAUACUCAAAGUCAUUACAGACAUGGCGCUUGUUCAGUUUUUGGAAAAUCCCUUGGAGGAAACAUAACGCUAACGGCAUGCAUAGAAGAUCAUCAGUUUCAACCUAAAAAUUUCUGGAACGGCCGCUGGCGUUCAGUGUGGACCGUCAGUUUCACUCCAAGUUCGGGUAACGCUGAACUGAGAGGUAGUCUCAAAGUACAAGUACAUUAUUAUGAGGAUGGAAAUGUACAAUUGGUCAGUAGCAAAGACGUGAAGGAGAGCCUGGCGAUCUCCAAUGAGAAGCAAACGGCGAAGGAUUUGAUACGGUUUGUCGAGGAAUCUGAAAACGAUUAUCAAACGGCAAUUUCCGAGAACUAUCAAACAAUGUCCGACACCACCUUUAAAGCACUGCGAAGGCAAUUACCAGUAAUGCGAACAAAAAUUGACUGGAACAAAAUUGUGUCCUACAGUAUUGGCAAAGAGCUUAAAAGUCAAUAGAAAUAAAUUUUUUUAUAUUAAAAGAAAUAAUUAAAAAAAAGCGCAUUUUGCUGCAUGAGUGAAGUCUGGAGGUGUGAUGUGCAUGGGAGCAAAUUACACUAUUAAAUAACGUUUGACUAGAGAUAUUCGACUCAUGCAUGCCACUCAAGGUUCCUCUUGACUCCAUAUUGUAUGUUGUUACAAGAAGCAAUAAAACAAGAAGAUCAACAUUUUUGGCGUUGUCAAUUGUAUCAAAAAAUUAAUU